AUGUGGAGCCGGGGUCGUGACGUCCAGCUGUGUGCCCUUGUGGUGGUGGCGCUGGCCACCCUCCAGCAGGCAGAGGCGGCCGCAUUACCGCCCGCAGCAGGACGAGCUGGAGGCUGCUCGGUGGACAUUAAUGACGAGUCAGCGUUCCCGGAUCCGCAGCCACUGUUCCUGCUGCCGGGCGGCAGCGCCGACGCGAAGGGCUUCUGGGAGCCGGAAGUGUCCAGCGAGCUGCUGACGCUGCAGGAGGGCGACCAACUCAACCUCGCCUGCACGGGAUCCGGCAACGUCCUCACUGUGCUGGGCGUCGCAGAGGCGACAGCGACGUGCGUGUCCGGCACGACGUUCUCGGUGGACGGGCGCAGCUACGCGCUGAGCGACCUGAAGUGCAGCUCCCUCCCCGACAGCUCGCAACGUGACACGCAGCAGACCUGUGGCGCCUCUGCCGGCGUCUACCCGCUACUGCAGAUCGGCUUCGAGCUAUCCACCGGUUUUGUCAAGCUCAUCGACAUCUGCUUCGAUGACACGCGACUGACGACGCUCUACGCGCAAGAGACCAUAGUGGCUGGCAUCGGUGGCUAUCAAAGCGGCUUCCCUAGACCCAACUGGAUGCAAGGCGACUUCUUCGGCGACAUAGACGUAAACACGGCGUACACAAAGAACAAACAGCGCGAGACUAUUUCGGAGAUACUCGGUUCGAGCGAGCUGGGGGACCAGUACGUCACGUCUGGCGACUACUACUUGUCUAGGGGCCACAUGUCUGCUAAGGCCGACUGGGUGUUCGGCUCGCAGCAGACCGCCACCUUCUGGUUCCUCAACGCGGCACCCCAGUGGCAGACCUUCAAUGGUGCCAACUGGGAAACGGUGGAGAGCAACGUACGCUACUAUGCGCGCAAGAAAGGUGCCGACCUGACGGUAUACACUGGAACCUACGGCGUCGCCACGCUGCCCAACGUGGACGGCGUGGAGACAGAGCUGUACCUGGUGGCUGACACCAAGCAGAUCCCCGUGCCGAAGCUGUACUGGAAGUUGGUGCACGACGCAGCCAAUGACGCGGGCGUAGCUCUGAUCGGUAUAAACAAUCCGUAUGUGUCCGACCCCGGAGACGACUACUACCUGUGUCCCGACGUGUGCAGCAAACUCAGCUGGGUCACUUGGGAAUCCAACGACCAGAAGAAAGGUUUCAGCUAUUGCUGUGAAGUCAGUGAGUUCCAGAAGGUCGUCUCCGUGCUGCCAGAAAUCAGCGUCAGCUCACUGCCUACUCUCUACCUCUCCAAUGCUCCAGAACGAGCUGGAGGCUGCUCGGUGGACAUCAACGACGAGUCGGCGUUCCCAGACCCGCAGCCACCGUUCCUGUUGCCAGGCGGCAGCGCCGACGCGAAGGGCUUCUGGGAGCCGGAGGUGUCCAGCGAGCUGCUGACGCUGCAGGAGGGCGACCAACUCAACCUCGCCUGCACGGGCGCCGGCAACGUCCUCACGGCGCUGGGCGUCGCAGAGGCGACAGCGACGUGCGUGUCCGGCACGACGUUCUCGGUGGACGGGCGCAGCUACGCGCUGAGCGACCUGAAGUGCAGCUCCCUCCCCGACAGCUCGCAACGUGACACGCAGCAGACCUGUGGCGCCUCUGCCGGCGUCUACCCGCUACUGCAGAUCGGCUUCGAGCUAUCCACCGGUUUUGUCAAGGUCAUCGACAUCUGCUUCGAUGAUACGCGACUGACUUCGCUCUAUGUGCAGGCAAUCAUAGUGGUGGCAUCGGCGGCUACCAUAGUGGUUUCCCUAGACCCAGCUGGAGGAGGCCAUUUGUCUGCCAAGGCCGAUUGGAUGUUCGGCUCGCAGCAGACCGCCACCAUCUGGUUCCUCAACGCGGCAUCACCUCAGUGGCAGACCUUCAAUGGUACCAACUGGGAAACGGUGGAGAGUAACGUAAGCUACUGCGCGAGCAAGAAAGGUGCCGACUUGACAGUAUACACUGGAACCUAUGGCGUCGCCACGCUGCCCAAAGUGGACGGCGUGGAGACAGAGCUGUACCUGGUGGCUGACACCAAGCAGAUCCCCGUGCCGAAGCUGUACUGGAAGUUGGUGCACGACGCAGCCAACGACGCGGGCGUGGCUCUGAUCGGUAUCAACAAUCCGUAUGUUUCCGCCCCUGGAGACGACUACUACCUGUGUCCCGACGUGUGCAGCAAGCUCAGCUGGGUCACUUGGGUAUCCAACGACCAGAAGAUAGGUUUCAGCUAUUGCUGUGAAGUCAGUUGCUUUGUGGACGUGAACGGAUCCAAGAUGCCCGACCCGCAGCCGUUGCUGCUGAUACCCGGUGGCAGCAAAGACGUGCACGGCUUCGUCACGCCGGACUCCUCGGGGGUGAUCUCGCUCAGCCGGAACGAGCAGAUCGUAGUCGCCUGCCCCGACAACAGCCUCCAGGCCACCGGGCAAUCGCAGGCGACGGCCUACUGCGUCUCGGGCUCCACCUUCUCCAUCGACGGGCGAUCGUACGACUUCGCUGACCUCAGCUGCCGAUCCCAGCCGAAGCCGUCAGGCCAGAAAACGGGCAGCUCGUGCGGAAGCAGCGGUCAGUACCAAGUGAUCCAGCUAGGCUUCCAGGUCGGCGCCGACUUCUACACGCUGAUCGACGCCUGCUUCGACGAUCGUUCCUACAACACGGUGUACGACCACUCCACGAUGAUCGCCGAAAUGGGGGGUAGGCAGAGCGGUUUUGACCGGCCCGAUUGGUUGGACGGCGGCUUCUUCGGCGACAUCGACGUGGAUAACCAGUACAAACGUGCCACACAGAUUCAGACGGUCGGCACGCUGCUGGGGUCCAGUCAACUGGGGUCCAAGUACAUCUCUGAAACCAGUGACUACUUCCUUUCCAGGGGACACCUCAGUGCUAAGGCCGAUUUCAUUCUUGGCGCGCUGGAGUAUGCCUCAUUUUUGUACGUGAAUGCUGCGCCGCAGUGGCAAACGUUCAACGGUGGCAACUGGAACACCUUGGAAAACAAUGUACGUUCCUAUGUGUCGAACAACGAGGUAGAACUGGAAAUCUACACGGGUACGCACGGCAUCACGACGCUGCUGGACGUGAACAAUGUCGAGACGGAGUUGUAUCUUUACGCUGACGGUAGCAAGUACAUUCCAGUUCCAAAGAUCUUCUGGAAGAUCGUAUACGACGCUAACACUAAGGCAGCUGUGGUGUUCGUGGGCGUAAACAAUCCGUACAUUGAGAACCCUGGCUCUGACUACUUCGUCUGCACAGACGUAUGCAGCAAGAUCAGCUGGAUAUCCUGGAAGGCCACGGACCAGGAGAAGGGCUACUCGUAUUGCUGCGAGUACGCAGACUUCAAGAACGCCGUGGCCGACGCACCCAGCCUCGGCGUCAACUCUCUGCUUACCUAA